ACCCACACUUGCGGGCGGGAAGACUGGACGCACUGCGGGACCUGGUGAUGUCCUGGGUUGGGGCUGAGGAAGGCCUGUGUGCGGAGGGUGCGGCCUUCGGCUAAGGCAGAGGACCGGGGUUGGGUCCGUGGCGGCGGGAGGGGUGGCCUCCUGCACUGGGCGCCCCAGGGGACCUGAGGCGCGACAAACAGUCGGCGCGUUUGGUACUCGCGCCCGCAGAGCUUUCAACCUCUGCGCCGGCUGCGCCUGUUUCUCUGCGAGGGAAGCAAGGCCACGCGGCCUACGUAGCCGAGUCGGAACCAACCGGUUGUUUGGUGAAACCUACCCCAGAGCCUCCCACGGCCCACAGCGCACAGACUGUUUUUGCCAACCAUGGCAUCUGGAGAUGACAGUCCUAUCUUUGAAGAUGAUGAAAGCCCUCCUUACAGUCUAGAAAAAAUGACAGACCUCGUAGCUGUCUGGGAUGUUGCUUUAAGUGACGGAGUCCACAAGAUUGAAUUUGAACAUGGGACUACAUCAGGCAAACGAGUAGUAUAUGUAGAUGGAAAGGAAGAGAUAAGGAAAGAUUGGAUGUUCAAAUUAGUGGGCAGAGAAACAUUCUGUGUUGGAGCUGCAAAGACAAAAGCGACCAUAAAUAUAGAUGCUAUCGGUGGUUUUGCUUAUGAAUAUACUCUGGAAAUUAAUGGGAAGAGUCUUAAGAAGUAUAUGGAGAACAGAUCAAAAACCACCAAUACUUGGGUAUUACACAUGGAUGGUGAGAACUUUAGAAUUGUUUUGGAAAAAGACACUAUGGACGUAUGGUGCAAUGGUAAAAAACUGGAGACAGCAGGUGAGUUUGUAGAUGAUGGGACUGAAACUCACUUCAGUCUCGGGAACCACGACUGUUACAUAAAGGCUGUCAGUAGUGGGAAGCGGAAAGAAGGGAUUAUUCAUACUCUCAUUGUGGAUAAUAGAGAAAUCCCAGAGAUUGCAAGUUAAUGAAUCUUAAUCUUAAGAAGUAAAGAUCAGGACUUUUUAAUUACUGUGGUAAUUAAAUUGUUCAGUAUGUACUUAUCAGUACAUUUAGUCUGCAAUGUUUUUAUUUUUUAAAAAGUUACAUGAAACUGUAACAUUCCAAGGGUCAGGAAAAAAACCAAUUAUGUAUAGUCAUAAAAAUUACAAUGUAUGAUGCAAAUAAUGUAAAAUGUUUUAAAGACAAAUGGAAAAUAAGAUAUGGACCAAAGUCACUAAUGUUUUACAACAGUAACCUUUACUAUAAUAAAUACUGUAAA